CAGAUGAAAGUGGAAAAAACCCUAAAUUGAGAGAAUUGAGAAUCGCAGAUGAAAAUGGUGGGUGGUCCGGUACUCCAUUGGCUCUGUUCAUCAUCAUCUCCGUUGGCUCUGUUGAUCCGGAAUCGGAAUGGAAAUCGAAUUCUCCUCUGCGGCGCAUUCUCAGCAUCCACCCUUGCACCUGAACUUGAAGAAUCUACCCGACUCACCAACAUCAAUCUUGAAACCCAGCAGGCCAAGGAGAAUUGGGAGUCGUUCAAGUCAUGGGUGUUGAAGUACGAUAAGAGCUAUAAGAGCUAUAAGAGCGAGAAAGAGUUGUUGUAUAAGUUUGAGGUAUUCAGUAAAAGAUUGAGAUCGAUCGAAGUGCAACAAGGAGAAUAAGGGGUGUACCUUCAGGUUGAAUGCCUUUUCAGACUUGACUACUGAUGAGUAUCCCAGAGGCCGUGUCCCUCGAUAUCCCGCUAUCUUUAGAGUGAUUGAUCAGUAUAUUUAUUAAUUAUAAUGCCCCAAACUCCUCUCAUUUCAUAUGUUUUCGUACUUUGUUUUGAGCCCUUGUCUGUUUCCUUUAUAAAUUAUUGUUGAUGUUUAUGUGAGAGAACUUUGAAGGAGGCAUGAUGUAUCUUUUAACUCUUAUUAUU